AUGGUGAGGAACGUUGAUGAUUUAGAGUUCUGCCUCCCCUCACACUCAGACUCUAUUCUUUCUGGACUUCAGAUUUUGCGCUUCAACCCUCAGCUCUCCGAUGUCACACUGAUGGUCCAAGGUCGUGAGUUCCCCUGUCACCGUGCUGUGCUUGCUCUGUGCAGUCAGUACUUCCAUGCUAUGUUCACAGGAGAAUUCCAAGAAAGCAUCUCUGCUCAUGUAGAAAUCAAAGAGGUGGAUGCUGAUAUGAUGGAGACACUAAUUGACUUUUCGUACACUGGGCGACUCACCAUUAACCAGGGUAAUGUGGAAGGGCUUAUUCGCACCUCAAAUCUUCUUCAUUUUCCAGCCGUACGUAAAGUGUGCAGUCGUUAUUUGCAGCAGCAGAUGGAUGCCACCAAUUGUCUGGGUAUUUGGGAAUUUGGGGAAACCUAUGGUUGCCCAGAGGUAACAGCCAAAGCAUGGGCCUUUUUGCAGGAGAACUUCGAAGCUGUGUCCAAGGAAGAGGAGUUUCUGCUUCUACCUCCAGAUCGCCUAAUUCGUUAUUUGGGGGACCCUUUACUACAAGUAAGGGAAGAGCAGAACCGGGCAAUGGCAGUGCUUCACUGGGUAAGACAAGAUGAGAAAUACAGGGCCCAAUAUCUUCCAGAGCUGCUGAGCAUGGCCAGGUUGUCCACCCUGACUGACCUCCACCUUCAGGAGCUGAUGGAUGCUGAGCCUUUAAUCAAUGAGUCUGAGGCUUGCAAAGCCCUGAUAAACAGGAGUCUUGGGCAGGUGAGUACCAGGAAUAACAUGCAAAAGUUCCUUUCUCCACAGUAGCACUCAUAUGCUGCUAAUGUUCCAAAAUAGUUAAUUUCUUCACGUUGUCCACCAUGUCUGGCCAACAUGCUGUAUGUCAUAUUCUGGAGAGGUAGACAAAAUACAGAUUAAGGAACAGCACACACACAAAAAUAACGUUUUAGAUUUUACAAGAUUACCUAAAAAUCACAUGUUUUAGCAAACAAAUAUGAGAAUAUUGUGUUACGCCCACCACAUUCUCCAAUAUUGGUAGGUCCUACACUCAUUUUAAUAUGGGAGAUAAAUCAAAUAGUGCUAAAUGAACUAAUGUGUAUUUAAUGAAUCUGUUGUAGGAGCUCCCAUAUUUGUUUGCUGAGAUAGGUGAUUUUUAAGUAGCUGUGUAAAAUUUAAAACUGUAUUUUUGUAGGCGCUGUUCCUUAAUUUGCAUUUCGUAUAUAUUUUAGUCUUUGCAGCAGCACCACUGCUGAGAAAUCCAUCUUCUGGUUGUGCCCCCAAUUCUCUCCCCUCUCCCCUUUUUUUUCUAUGUUCUGGAGAGAUGUCCUAUGUUAUCUCUGUAUUACAGACAUAAGAAGAUGGAAUAUGAUGUAAUAUUGCAUCACAUUGUCUGUAACAUAGUGGUGUUGAUGUAAGGAGCAAGAUACAGGGAUCUACACUCCCAGCUAGACAGCAUUUCUAACAGGGCUGACUUUCCAAAAUUAAAAGUCCAGGUUGCACAAUUGGCCAUACCUUCCCAUCAAACAGACCCUCUGCUAGGCCUAUUGCCAAAUAUGUCCUUUGUAACCAGCAUGUCAAUAUUUUAUCCCUGAUUAUUUUGUGUUGCUGUUCAUAUUGUAUUUCCAAAUACAAGAAGGACUUUAAAAUGUCCCUUUUACUUUAAUUUUGUAGAUAAGUUGUAUUUUUUCACAUUUACUUCCUUCCACUGAAAAAACGGUAAUGCCCAUCUUCCCAUUCCGUGGUUUACUUUUUUUAUUAUUUCCUUAAGUGUAAAAGGGUUAAUUCACCCUAUCUCCUAUACCAACGCGACUACUUACUUAGGUGUCAUAGUAAUGUAUACUGCAUAUCGUGUCUCACACGUGUUUUCUAAACUGUGGCAUGUUUUUAUCUCGGUUGACUUAUGCAGGAUUUAACACUUACCUGGCAAUCACCUUCUAACUGCUGUGUCACCUUUCACUCAUAUAAUGACCUUCUGAACCUGUGCAGCCUCAUAAUGUAUCGCAUCACUACAGAGUCAACUCUCACACCUGUUUGAUCACCGGCGUAUCCAGCCACACCUGCCGCCUCUUACAUCCAUAUCACUUAGCAGAACCAUCACCGGACACUUUGAUAAUCUCUCUGUCUGUAUUGCUUUUCACACACUGGGGGUUAUCGGUUACACUCCGUGUCACAUUUCCCACACCUGUUAUCUCUCAAAUGUGUGUCACCUCUCACAUCUGUCACUCUUUUGUUACCAGUGUUAGCGCUGGUAAUUAUAGAUGUAAAAUUGAAUGAUUAAACAGAGUGAUAUACAAGGCGAAUAAAGACAGGAUUAUAAUAAUGACACAGUAAAUGGAAUUGUAGAUAGUUAGCAAUUUUAGACUAGUGUGUAAUAUAAAUAUUUUUCCUUGAGUUUUUCUUUUUCUUUGGUUUUGUAGACGGGUACUAUGGUUUUAUGGUAUUUACUUGCAUCGAAAAUACAUAACAUUAUUAUGGAGUAAAAUUUUAAAAAGUUCAGCAAUCACCAGAACAUUUAAUUAGUUUCUAUGAUGAUUCCUCUGGUUUUUUUUUUAAUUUUGCUAUAAGACUGCUAUUUAUACCCAAGCAUUAUUUUUCAGUUCAUAUUUUCUCUUGUCAUUCAGGUGACAAAGGAAACCACGGAGCAGUUAUCGGUCUCCCUUCAGGAAGUCUUAGUGGUGGUCGGUGGAAAGGUUUUAGAGGAAGAAGAGGAUGAUGAUGAAGAUGAUGAAGACUCACCACCCAGAACCUCCCCUAACUUUACCUUCUACAAUACCAAAAACAGUAUGUAAAAUAUGGGGCAGGACAUUUAGAGAGGUUGGAGAAGUAAUUGUUCAUCUCAGUGUUUUAGAUAUUCAGGUUGAAAAGUGGGCAUGCCACAAUACCGCAAUCCUAUAAUAAGUCCUAUAUUUCACAGUUAUGUAUCUCAAUACAUUUGUGUAAUUGUGUCAUUGUGUAAUGUUGUCAAGUCAGAUAUACUCCAACACGCUAACCUAGGGCAAAGAGUAUUCUAUAAUAUAGUAAAAACACACAUUACUGGUUAAUGCAGAUAUAGCAGUGACCAGAAGAUGCAGAGACCAUGACCUUUUCAGAGUAUUUCCAUUCAUCCUAUGCAGUAAUGGAACUCAUCUUCAUGGAUAAACAACUUAUCUCAUAAAAACAGAGAGGGAGCUACCGUCCCAUCUCACUAUUAUAUGUGGACAUCAAAUUAUUCACUAAAAUUCUGGCCAACCGCCAAACCCAUAUUUACACAAAUUAGUCCACCCAGACCAGGUGGGCUUCAUCCCCAACAUGCAAGCCUGCGACAAUAUUAGGCGCACUUACGACCUCAUAUGGACCACAACACAAUACAAAAUCCCCACCUUGAUACUGUCGCUCGAUGCAGAAAAAGCGUUUGACCGCCUGCUCUGGCCAUUCCUGUUCGAUACCGUACGCAAAUUUAAAUUCCCACAACCCUUUAUAACCGCCCUACAAAACUAUACGCCUCCCCCACAGCCAACCUCUUGCUGCCUCUUACCCAUCCGCCUACGUUCACAAUACAUAAUGGCACGAGACAGGGAUGUCCCCUCUCCCCUAUCCUCUUCGCCCUCUCACUAGAACCCCUCAUGCAAACACUCAGACAAAACAGAAACUUCACAAGUUAACGAGCUUAUCUGUUUCUACCAAUUCUACUGAAAAGGCGCACUACUUCCCUUCCCAGACCUACCCCAACAAACACCAUUAACCACAUUCGACCACUUUCGCUACAUCCAUAUACGAAGUUUCCUAGACACCCCAACGUACAAAAAAGCAAGUACCACGAACCUCACCCCCUUUGUAAAAACCUGCAUGACAUGCCCAAUCCAAUGAAGUCAAAUUUCCAAUCUCUACACAAAUAUAAUCACUGCCUCCACGGAUGGUUCACUCACAUAUAUGUCGGCUUGGGAGAGGGACCUAGGGCCACCAGACCACCCCACUGACUGGAAUGCCAUAUGGGAGGCCACAGUCUCCAUAUGUGCAAAUCAUAAGGAGCAAGCAUACAAGACACUAAUGCGAUGGUACCUCACCCCCCUCAGGUUCAAACAAAUGGGCAUUUCCAACUCUGACCUAUUUAUUUAUUUAUUUUAUUUAUUUAUAAAAUAUUUUACCAGGAAAGAUACAUUGAGAUUUCUCUCGUUUUCAAGUAUGUCCUGGGUAUGUUGGAAACAAUGUGGGGAAAAAGGCACGUAUCUCCACGUCUGGUGGAAAUGUGCCUAAAUCAACUCAUUAUGGCUCCAAAUCACACAAAUGACAUCCAGAAUACUACACACCACCAUCCCAAUGGACCCAUGGACAUGGCUCCUCUCAAAACCCCGAGGAACACACCCCCAGAUGCCAAAAUAAACUAAUAGCUAAAAUCGCCCUAGCGACCAGAAGGGCCAUAGCAGAGGCCUGUAGCAGACCAGAAGUACCAUCAAUGCAUACAGUAAUGCGCAAAAUAGAAGAAGCUAGGAAGAUGGACAAACUGUCCGCCAUAGUCCAUGACUCCACCAACACCUAUAACAAAAUUUGGGAACCGUGGUUUUAUGAGUUCCCACUACCCACACCCAAUCCCUGAGGCAAAGAGAAAUAACACCAUAUCGACCCACCCAGAACCACCCCACCCACAACCCAAAAGAAGUAAAAACCCCCACCCACAUCCACACACUCUACCACCGACACCCCUCUCAAAUCAGACUAAAAACCGACACCCCUCCCCCCCUUAACUCCCCUCCCACAUCUCCACCCUACACCACAGACCACCUUACCCCCCACAUUCCACCACCACGCUACUAGACCCCAUACGCCUCCAGACUCCCGAUACCCAGCACACACCCACCACCCCCCAGAACGAACAUAACUUGAGCCAACCCACACACCACCACUUCACACAGACCACAGACACCCUACAUAAGCCCAACAUGACGGCCCCAUCCGCCCCCGAAAAAAGCGUUAGGAACAACGAUCACCUCCCGCCCACCAUUCCAUCAAAAACUGAAACACUCCUAAACCAAGACCUAAGACCCACACAUUAGAACACCUCACACCCACUGCCCACGCACCCCGCCCCACACACACAAAACAACCUUCCAUCACUGAGACCUACCGCAACUCCCAGACACCCAGCCAACUAGGACUGCACCACCACACCAGACGCCCAAACCCAAAAAUCCAAUACUACCCCCCCCACUAUGACACAAACUCCCCAAGAUAUAAUACCCCAAAGACAUACAUAUACAGGAGGACAAUAGUAGACGCACAACCAACCGUCAUCCAAGAAAAUCCCAUCCUCCUAAUUCGGCUAACAAAUAGACCUCAGGACAAUGAGGGUACCACCAUUACCAAGAAGUCAAACACCACGAACAAUAAAUCUUGGAUACCCGAAACCACAAGUCCUCAAGACUGGCACAACAAAAAUAUCACAAAGCCAACAUAUGUACAUCAAACUGCUUGCUCUAAUAGCACAAAUGUCACUACUAAUGAUAACAGAGGCUAUAUUGUAUCUGUACUGUUUCCCCCCUCCCUCUUUGUGUUCUGUAACCCCAGUUCUUACUCACCCAAAAAAAUAUGAAAUACUAUAAAUAAAGAAUUUAUAAAAAAAAAAAAAAACACCAGAGAAGGAGGUGCAGCGCAUGGAAUGUCCUUGGAGUGUGUAUAUAUAACCAUAAAAAGGAGAAGAAAUAGGAAACUGAUAGUGAAGUAUGUAAAAAAUACAGUAAGGUGAGGGUAGAUAAAUUAUAUGCACUCACAUGUUAUAGGAGCUUAGGUGCAACUCAAACUUAAACGCUUGGGCAGAAUAAAUCCCCGCCUAAGGAGAUGGUGGAGUACAGACUCUAUAGGAUGUUCUUGUGGAUGCAGCUUCUCUUGUAGAUAUGUAGGAAAAAUCAUAGAUACAUAAUGCAAUACGCCAGACUCAAUAUUAAGAUAUAUAGUUAUAAAAGAUGUGCACUCACAUGUACUGAAGCCUAUAGAGUGACUCCACAGGUAUGGCGUGAAGUGGUAUGAUCUCCACUCUAGAAUAUAUGUGCUGGUGGUUUCUCUCCGAUUAUAUAAGUAAAAGAGAAAAUAAAACCACAAUAGUGUAGACUGUAAAAAGUGAUAAAAUAAAAUAGAUAAAAACUACUCACAUUUGAUAGAGCAAAUAGGGAUUUCUCUGUCCAACAGACUUAGGUGGUAUUAUCCCCACCAAGUAUAUGGAGUCCAGGAAUCCAGCAGCAAACAGGUCCAAUAAAAAAGUACUUUUAUUGAUAAAAAACAAUAAAUGAUAAAAAAAAAUAGGGUAAAAGAACUAUAUAAAACAAUAUUUAAAUACACUUAACGUGUUUCACCAUACAAUGGCUUUCUCAAAAGUGUUUACAGAAGGAAGGACCAGAGCUGUUUUAAAUAAGGGAGGAAAAUUCAAAAAUAACUGCUGUGUGACAUCAUAGGUCACAUGACCCAAAUUGAUUAACAUGAUUUUUUUGAAAAAGGUAAAAGACCAAAGUAUUUACUUCCAAGGAGUAAUAUUACAUAUAUACUAAAAAAAAUGUGUUUAUUAACAAUUUUGUAUAUGGCUGUUAGUGUUUUUUUUUGUUUUUGCUUUUUAUCAUGCUCAUGCUUUUUACUUAUCCCAUAAACCUCUGAAAGGCUGUAGUUUACAUGGGAUAACAGUUUUCAAUUUUAUAGGUGUGCACUAAACAGUGUACUGAAAUUAGAGUGUGGUUUUGCACAUCAUAGAUUUUUAUUUAUUUUAAGAAGGCCUAUGGUUUACCUUAAUGAUAAUGUAGAAAAAAAAUGUAACUUUCUGUGCAUUUAGUAACAUAUUUUGUGCAUUAGCAAGCCUCAUUAUAUUUGUUGUUGUCCACGAGGCAAAUCAAACUAAACUGAAACUGAACUAAAUUCAGUAACUUCAUUCUUUAUGUUUGUGGAAAAUUUACUGUUUGGAUAAAGUUUUUAUUUACAAGUCUAAGUGUUUGCAUUAGAGUUAAUGGAGAGUUUUCUUAUGCUAUCAACAGGUACAAGGCAAGAGUGCCCAUUGUCACCUUAAUGGUUGUUAUUGAUAAAGCUAUUACUCUCAAAUGUUCUUUUUAAAAUUAAAAAUGUUAGUUUUUUUUUUUCAAUCCAAAUCAUCCAGGAGAUGGUAUAAAUGCAUAAUUAUAUCUUGCGAAUUUCAAAAUCUUUUAUUUUUUUCCCCUUGGAACAGUAAUGCCUCAAUUUAAUAGUUUUGAUAAACUUUUGAAAUGUUGUAAUAUUUUGAAAACAUUUUUUUAUAUAUGGAUACUUUUUAUUUAGUUCUAUAUUUUUCUGUAUAAUGUUUUUGUAAUAUUUUAAAAGUGUAUCCAAAAAUAUGAAAUCAUUUGAAAAGCUUAUCCAAAAAUAUUAAAUCGAGGCCCAAGUUACAUGUGGAACAGACUGUAGCAGGCAUUAAAAUUGUGGUUUAACAGUAAUAUUUUAUAGAGGUUAAAAAUAGAAAGGUGUAUUUCAAUAUUAUUUCUUCUCCAAAUGAAAUAAUAAUGAAUAAAGUAUAUAAAAAAACAGAUGAACCAAUUUUAUAUUUUUGGAUAAGCUUUUCAAAUUAUUUCAUAUUUUGAAAUAUAUUUAAAACUAUAAAAUAUUUUAUAAACUAUAUAUAUAAUAUUUUUUGUUUUUUUGAUAUUUUUUUUAUAUUUGUAUAUGUUUUUAUCUAUUAUAUGGUUCUGAAAAUGUAUUUUAUACGUUUAUCCAUACAUAUUAAUUUGAGGUCUUAGUAAGUAUCUCAGUCUAAAAUUGAAAUGUUUUGAGACACAACUCCUCAUGUGAUAGGAUGGCAGCUUUAGUACAAUUGCAUUAACAAAACACACUAACAGACAAGUAAUUGAAUGGUUUGCCAAAAAAUGCUCCUGUGCAUGCCACCACAGUUAUAGACAAUUGAUUUUUUUUUUAUUUAGCACUCAUUUCUUGAUAAAGCUUGGAAUCAAUAUUUCUCCACUCAUAAUGUGUUAGUUAUAUGGUUCCCCACUGGAAUGCUGGCAUUUGAUAAUUAAGUUUUUACAUUCUUUAUUUAAACUUGAGUGGUAAACAGUGCCAAAUACAAUGACAGUAAAUAAAGCAAUAUUGUGGUAACAGUGUUGACAUCAUUGCUAGCAUUAAUAAACAGAGGACCAGUUGGUUACGGUGCAGUUAUAGAAAAUUAAGGCUAAGAAAAAAAGUGCAAGUAAUACACUGCAGUAAUAAACAAGCCUGUUUAGGGCCUAUACAAUUAAGAACUUCAGACAAUAGGUGCACCUAAGUAACUCCAGGACCGUCAGUGGUGUACAACUGGAUGUCAUAACUACCGGGUGGUUAACCACUGUCUAUGCGGUUCGCAUGUCGACUUUAUGGUGUCCAACUCUCAAGUAUUUUUCUGGUCUGGAUGUAUUACCGUCCAGAAGAAAGCAUUGUUUUUGACGUGUUAUCAUGAUUAUGAACAAUUACCUUUUUUUUUUAUAUUCCAUCUGCCAUAGAGUUAACAAGUAAGUGGUGUAUUUAUUUUUGUGGGUCAGUGGUCUCUAGAUUUGGUUGUUCUUUUAAAUAUGAGAGUAAAGGUGUAGGUGGUAAAUAAAACAAUACUUGUUUCUUUUUGUAAAUGCUGUGAAUGUUUUUAUAAAGGUAUUUAUGGUUGACAGGCAGCCAGUUUCUUACAGUAAUGGUUUGUAUGGUGGACAGGAGACUUCCAAAUAGUAAAGAUUUUAAGUGGAGAAGAUAUAUAUAAUAAAUGUUUAUUUACUUAAUGCAAGAUUGAAUAUAUUUAACAACACAUGGAGUGAAAUUGGUAAACAUGAGUCUUUUGUAACCUUAUCAAAAUGUUAUGUGCUCCCACUAAAGCGCUCUGUGAAUGUCUCUUCCGUCUUUCUCAGAAAUGUGGAUGUCGCUUCCUGAUUUCCCAGAUUAUAAUAAGUGGGGUUUCUCCAUCACUUCACUCAACAACGAUGUGUAUGUCACAGGUGCGUCUUGUGUACCCCAUAUAUCCUGGAUGAGGGAUAGCCAUAUCUUGGCACUAACUUGAUAUCCAUGUUAAGUAACGUUAUUAGUUUCACUUUUCUUACUCUCCUUGGAUUGCUCAUAUACCCAGAAGCAAACAAAUAGGCAAGCGAAAAAGAAGAAAUAAAAAACAAAAAAACAACACACCUCAUGGUAUAUACAGUAUGGAAGGUGAUAACUUUAAAGCAGACUAGGUUAUCGGUAUACCAGUGUGUUUUUUUAUCAUUAAAUAUCAUAAUCCACAUUUCAUAUUUAGAAAUAAUCUAAAUGAAUAAGAAGCUUGCCCUAUUCUGUUCUUUCCACUUUCUGUCUCUAUGUAUCUCUAGAGCUGACACCUUGAUUACAUAUAAGAGAAUUUGAAAUUCAGAAUGUAGAGCACGCACAUUUAUUGUACUUUUCUGAGAGUGCAACCUGUUUAAGCAAUUGGACCACUAACCGAAAUACCAUUAUUUUGUUAUGAUAUGUUUCUGCAUGGAUAGAUCCUUUAUGACUGAGAAGCAAGAAGUUAAGGUUCCAUCUCUCUUUUUUAGGUGGUUCCCGUGGAUCUCGGGAUGAUUCGUGGUCUACACGGCAGGGGUGGCGUUUUGUGUUAAAUGAGGGGAUAUGGAAGCCCAUUUCUCCUAUGAUUAACCCACGGACAAACCAUUCCAGUGCCACUCUGAAUGGAGAGAUAUAUGUUAUUGGAGGUCAGUUAUAUUGUAUACAUAAUAAUAUUUAGGAUAUCUGGUUUUGACCUCUGAAAGUCAUGAAUGUUUAUGUUUGCAGACAUUUAGGGUGAAUGAGACUCAAGGUAAUAUGCAAUGUGUUAAAUGUGAAGGAUUAUAUUCUGUGUGAAUGAUGAAAAGCUUGUCUAAAAAUAUUAAAAUAUGACCACGAUUAAAUCCUGGAUAAAAUGCUGGAUGAAAUGCGUUGGAUAAUAUUGGGGAUGUCUUAAUCUAAAUUCUGUAAGCUGUGACUUCUUCAUCGUCUGAGUCCUUUGUAAGACCACAAUCUAUCUAGACUCUGUGUAGACAAUUCCAAUUUUAGAAAUGAUUAAAGCAUCUGGAAGAAUGGGAAGAUUCCCAUCAUGAAGUGGCAGAUUGGCACAAGUUCCAGGGUGAAUAUACAAAGCAAUUAAAUAAGUAUUUUAUGGGUUGUGUGCAAAAAUAAAAGAAGAAAAUAGGUAUUUGUAGUUUACAAAGCUAGAAAACUGGCUUCUUACAAAACAUAAUGUUCAGGGGUAUAAUAUUUAAUACGUGGUAUAACAGCUUAUUGAAUCAAGGAGAGAUCUGACUGCCAAUCUGGGGGCAAGAAGGCAUUUUUUUCUAGUUUGUUGCAAAAUGUAAAAUGAGUUUCAGACUUUUUUUUUGUGCUUUCUUUUGUAUUAACAGCAGAAGCAGAUGUAAGAAAGUCUGAAUUUCAUUAUCUCAAUAGACUCCUGAAUGGUUCUGUGAUGGGAUUCCAGCAUGGUUAAAAUUUAGUAGGCCAAGAUUUCCAUGUGGCAUAUGUGUAUGUUGUGUCAGUUGGUUAGCUACAUGUAGCUAGGAUACUGUCAUCAGUGUACUGAGCAUGUGCAGGAAUGCAGGAACUGAAAUUGCACUUAUUUCCUUUGUCUUGGAUGGGCCAUGUGGUUUGACUAGAUGUACAAGUCUAUAUUCUGCUCAUUGAUUGGUUAAAGGUAUAUGUGGGUGUAGCUAUUAAUGGGAGGAGUUAUAGUGCUAUAUAAGGAAUGUACACUAUGUGUUGGUCUCUCAGAUCAUUUGGAACAGGAGUUCAUCUGAGACCCGAUCGGUAAUGUGAAUAAAGGCCUGUUACUUCCUGAAGAUCUGUGUCCAAAUCUCUGUGUUUGGCUUCUGCAUGCUUACACUGCAACAUCUCUGGUGCAUUGUGGCCGGGAACCUCAUUGCAUGGAAGCUGGCGCAGAGAUUUGAGACGGUAAACUUUUACCAAACCUUCUACGCUACAAUCCUGGACUUCUACUGCGUGGACCUCCUUUCGUCUCGGCGCCACUGGCCUUUUGUCCAGGAGAUCAUCGGCUUCUGCGCAGUGAGUCCCAGAUUGUUCCGUCUAUGAGUGAACCCAGGUCCAGGACUAACAGGUAAGAUUGAUACCGUUAGAGCGGUAGACCCACAAGGGGUUUUAUAUUUGGAACCGGUUAUUGGUAUUGGCCCCUUCAAUAGAAGGAAGAAGUGAAAAGCGCAACACUUAUCUGGAAAUUAGACGCUCUGUAGUCAGCCCGUCUAAUAUAGGUGGUUUGGGUCAGACUGAGUUCUGGUGUAAAUAGCUCAUGUCGGACACCGGUGUCCUGUCUUGACUAGCGUAUCUAGGGUGUAAAUUUUGUUCGCUAGGUCGGGGGGACCGGGAGACUAGCAUACUCUGUUGUAUAUUAUAGUUUGCUAGAUUUCACCCUAUCUUAACUAAGUGUGCUCUGUUGUAAAUCCAGCCACUAGCUUAUUGAUAGUUUAAUAGACUAGCUGGGUACUGUGUAAAUUCUGCCCUCUAGUUCGCUAUACGUGGUGUCUGGGCAGCGAAGAACUUAUCGAAUCUCUGGUGUAUAAAUAGAUCGAAAGCUCUCGAGGUGCUGGCCAGUUAGAAUAGUUGGGAUUAUUGUAAAUGUUGUUAAAUAUAUUGUAGUUGGUGAAUUGGUUAACUUGUAUGUCCUACUAGAAAGUUAGAGCUCUGCUGUCUAGUGGGAGUGUAAAUUGUGUGUAUAACUGUAAAAUAGCGCACGGUACCAUAACUACUGACAUGUACCAUAACCACUGACAUUGUGUAAAAAUUACUAAUAAUUGCUGUUUUAUGUUAUAUGUAUAAUACCAUAACUGUUACUAACUGAUCUGUGACUUUAAAACUGUAUUAUAACCACUUACUAACUGUACCAUAACCACUGACUGUAAAGAUGAGGUUACUAGAAUGUGAUAUAGUUGGUUAGUCAAAAGUUGAUUUAUAGUACGGAUAAUUGUAGAGACGAUUUAUAGUUAUAGAGGUAAGUAGCUAGUGUUUGGUAGAUCUUUGUGAGUGGGACGCUGUGAUAUCAUUGUAUGAACGAGAAUUCUCUGCGUGUUAUCGUGUGUGUGUAUGUUUGGCUUAGCAACCGUGCCACGUGGUACUGUUGCCGGGAAAACAAGUGUGAUUGUUGGAAGUGUUUGAAGUAUUGUGGAUCUUUGUAAUAGACGUUCCAUUGCCAGUAUGGGUGCAUCUGAUUCAAAGAUUGUUGAUCCCUUGUCAUGCAUGUUGAAAAACUUUACAAAGGGAUAUAAAGCCUGUGAUUAUGGGGUAAAAUUGUCCCCAAAACGUUUGACUACCUUAUGUAGUAGAGAGUGGCCUAUCCUGGUGACCGCAUGGCCACCGUGUGGUAGCCUUGAUUUCAUUUUGGUACAACGUGUGCAUGCGGCUGUAUCUAGUAGGCCUGAAUUUUAUGAUCAGUUUCCGUAUAUUGAUUGUUGGAAACAGAUUGUAGAAGAAUUGCCUAAAUGGGUUAAGGUAUGCCACGAGGAGCAAUGUCGCCUCAUGGUGGCCAGGACUCGCCUCUCCAUCAGGGCCGCAACUCCGCCCAUUCUAGAUUCCCCCUCUGAAACUGACCUUCCCUCCCCACCCCCUUACACUUCCUCUAAGGUUAGAGGUGGUGCUACUGGUGUUGCUACUCCCCCUUUUCCAUUGUCCCUGCCCACUCAUGCAUCUAGUUCAGAGCCCAGCCCACUAGCUCUGAAACCCCCCCUUCCAGUACAGGCCUCCACUAGUUCCAUAUAUCCGGAACUGACAUCACUUCUGGUUCCUGGUCAGGCUUCUCCUAGCCCUGCCCGUAAUAUCCUGUUAACCGAACUUCCGCCCAGUAAAAUUAAUCCGCCUCACUCCCCUUGCCUUACUACCCCUAGACCGGAACUCAUUAUGAAAUCAUCAUAUCGUAGUCCCAUAUUAACCCGACAGAUGACUGGAAGCAUCCAACCCCGAAAUUACCAAAUGCCCCUUAGACUUACACCAGGCCCAACUCACGUGGAUGAGAAUGGCCAAAUACAACGGGCAGAUCCAGUGUUUGUAUAUGUCCCCUUUACUACGACUGAUUUAUUCAACUGGAAGACUCAUAACUCUUCAUAUACUGACAAACCUCAAGUCAUGACAGAUUUGGUUACUUCUAUUAUCCAAACACAUAAUCCCAACUGGGCCGAUUGCCAGCAAUUAUUAUUAACUUUAUUUAAUUGUGAGGAAAGGACCCGGAUUAAUCAAGCGGCUAUUAAAGCGCUUGAGGAAACAGCCCGUACUCAAAAUCAGGCCAAUCCAGUUGCGUGGGCUGCAGCCCAUUAUCCAAAUGUCGAUCCAAAUUGGGACGUGAAUGGUGCUGACAUGCCCCACCUAAGGGCUUAUCGGGAAGCCAUAAUUGCUGGCAUGAAGGCAGGAGGGAAGAAGGCAAUUAAUAUGUCAAAGACGGCUGAGGUGUUGCAAAAGGUUGAUGAGUCACCUAGUACCUUUUAUGAGAGAUUAUUGGAGUCAUAUAGGUUGUAUACUCCCUUUAAUCCAGAGGCUCCUGAGAAUUCUAGGAUGAUUAAUUCAGCAUUUGUCAGCCAGGCCCAAGGUGAUAUUAAAAGGAAAUUACAAAAAUUAGAUGGAUUUGUAGGGAUGUCCAUAAUACAGCUAAUGGAGAUUGCAAAUAAAGUAUAUAUGAAUAGGGAGACGGAGGUAAAGUGGGAGCAAGAACGUAAAAUGAGGAAAAAGGCAGAUAUGCUAGCAGUAGCUAUCUCAAGUGUAGAAAGACAGGGAAGGGAAGUAAAUAGAGGAGACGAGAAUGGGCUGAGCAAGGGACCUCUACGUAGGAAUCAAUGUGCGUAUUGUAGAAAGGAGGGACAUUGGAAGAGUGAGUGUCCACAGACAGAGCAGUAUGAAGGUGAUAGACAAGGAGUGAGAAGGGUACGAGGAGGUUAUAGUGGUAGUUAUAGAGGAAGAGGAAGUUUUAGAGGGAAUGGUGGGAAUAGUAGAGGAAGUGUUCAAGGAGACAGAUACUAUCCACCCACGCAGAGACCUAGAGAAAGAGAGGAUAGAGAUUUUGUGGGUCUGGCUGACACUAUCAUGGAAGACUAUUGAUACCGACCGGGCUCCAUCCCCCUUGGUCAAGCGGAGCCUAUGGUCGAUGUGGCAAUAGGGGGAAAGAGAAGUUCUUUCAUGAUCGACACAGGUGCUGAACAUUCUGUGGUGACUAAGAUGGUGGCUCCGCCUUCGGGAAAGACUAUAACUGUGAUAGGAGCUACUGGGAGAAGUGCAGCUAGACCGGUUCUUAAGAGUCGCACUUGUAUUCUGGGAGGCCAUGUGGUGAAGCAUCAGUUCCUAUAUAUGCCAGAGUGCCCGAUUCAACUCUUAGGACGAGAUCUAUUAUCGAAGCUUCAAGCCCAGAUAACCUUUUUACCUAAUGGAUCAACAUCUCUGAAGUUUAAGGGGUUACCAGGCAUAAUGGCGAUAUCGGUGCCAAGGGAAGAAGAAUGGCGCUUCUAUUCCAUAGUGACAAGUGUUAACCCUAAGAGUGAUGAAUCCUUAUUUGACAUUCCAGGAGUAUGGGCAGAGAAUAAUCCACCAGGACUUGCUCGUAAUAUCCCACCCAUACAUAUUGAACUAAAACUUGGGGCCUAUCCUGUGAGCCUACGUCAAUAUCACAUACCCCAAAAGGCUAAGGAAAACAUACAAACCUACUUGGAUAAGUUCGUAAGGUAUGGCAUCCUAAAAUUCUGUACUUCCCCCUGGAACACUCCAUUAUUACCUGUUCAAAAACCAGGAUCGGACGAAUAUCGUCCUGUACAGGAUUUGAGAGCAGUUAAUGAUGCAGUAGUUAGUAUACACCCAGUUGUACCCAAUCCCUACAAUCUGCUUGCCUUGAUACCAGGUGGGGCAACCUACUUCACAGUGUUAGAUCUUAAGGAUGCUUUCUUUUGCCUUCGAAUUGCUGCUGAGAGUCAACAUAUCUUUGCUUUCCAAUGGGAAGAUGCUGUUACAGGUUCAAAGCGUCAGAUGACCUGGACCAGACUACCUCAAGGAUUCAAGAAUUCACCUACCCUAUUUGGAUCCGCAUUAAGCCAGGAUUUGCAAGAAUUCAAGUCCAUUCCAGGAGAAAGUGUAUUACUUCAAUAUGUGGAUGAUCUGUUGAUAGCAGCUGUUACUAAAGAGAUAUGCCAACAAGCCACUUAUGAUUUGCUUCAUAUUCUAUGGAAAGCAGGAUACAAGGUAUCAAGGAAGAAAGCACAAUUGUGUCAGUCAACUGUUAAAUAUUUAGGAUUCCAUAUAUCCGAAGGUCAAAGAAUGAUGGGACCUGAAAGAAAAGAAGCAGUGUGUCGGAUAUCUAUACCUAAGAAUAGAAGACAAGUGCGAGAAUUCUUAGGAGCGGCAGGAUUCUGCAGGAUAUGGAUUCCUAAUUAUGCAAUAUUGGCGAAACCUCUAUACGAAGCUGUGAAAGGAACAGAACAUGAUCCCUUUUUGUGGACCUCUGAACAACAGAUACCUUUCCAGUCUGAUCAUCAAGUAAAUAUUAGAAGUAAAUCAGAAUGGCGGUUAAAAACCUCCAUUAUAGGUCAUGUUUGUAUAGCCAGGAAAGGGACAAUGUAUAACACGUCUGUAGGUGAGCUAACUUGCUUGGGACAAAAAGCCUAUAAUGUUAAUACUAAAAAUACUACUUGGUGGUCAGCUUCAAAUGUCUCGGAGCCUACUAAUCCGUUUGCCAAUUACACUCAUUUAAAGGAGGUAUGGUUUGACUUAUCUGCUACAUCUAGUUGGAAAGCCCCAGCAAAUUUAUACUGGAUCUGUGGUAGGAAAGCUUAUUCAGAGUUACCACAAGAUUGGGAAGGGGCAUGUGUAUUAGGUAUGCUCAAGCCAUCCUUCUUCUUGUUGCCAAUUGAGACAGGAGAGACCUUGGGAGUUAAGGUUUACGAUGUAAAUCAUAAAAGGAAGAGAGCAUCCUUGAAUAUAGGUAGUUGGGAAGAUGAUGAGUGGCCCCCUCAACGUAUUAUUAAUUAUUAUGGACCUGCUACUUGGGCAGAAGAUGGCACUUAUGGAUAUAGAACUCCGAUAUAUAUGCUCAACCACAUUAUUAGACUACAGGCGGUGGUUGAGAUUAUUACUAAUGAGACAGCUCAAGCGCUUAAUCUUCUAGCUAAGCAAAAUACCAGGAUGAGAUCAGCCAUCUAUCAAAAUAGAUUAGCUUUAGAUUAUCUAUUAGCAGUGGAAGGAGGUGUAUGCGGAAAGUUUAACCUUAGCAACUGUUGUUUGCAUAUAGAUGAUGAAGGUCAGGCAGUGGCUGAACUCACUAGUCACAUGGUUAAACUUGCGCAUGUACCGACUCAGGUCUGGAAUGGGUAUAAUCCUAAUAGUUGGUUUGGAAGCUGGUAUGAGCAGCUUGGAGGAAUUAAGACAUUAGUAGGAGGAGUAGUGUUUAUUAUAUUCUUAUGUCUUUUUCUGCCUUGUCUAAUUCCAUUAGUGGUCAGGUCCCUACGUAGUAUUAUAGAGAGUACUAUAGAGAGAAAGACAGCGGCUCAUGUAAUGGCUGUCUAUAGAUAUGAUCCCCUAGUCCAAAGAGAAUAUAUUCAGGAUGAGGAAUGUUGAAGGAGUUUUUAAGAUGCUUACAAGGUCUACUCUGGAUCAAUGGCUACUUGAGAGAUGUAGGUAAAACUGUGAUUGGUGAUGCAUCUGGAAUAAUGUUAUAUCAGAGGCAUCAAAGGGGGGAAUGUGAUGGGAUUCCAGCAUGGUUAAAAUUUAGUAGGCCAAGAUUUCCAUGUGGCAUAUGUGUAUGUUGUGUCAGUUGGUUAGCUACAUGUAGCUAGGAUACUGUCAUCAGUGUACUGAGCAUGUGCAGGAAUGCAGGAACUGAAAUUGCACUUAUUUCCUUUGUCUUGGAUGGGCCAUGUGGUUUGACUAGAUGUACAAGUCUAUAUUCUGCUCAUUGAUUGGUUAAAGGUAUAUGUGGGUGUAGCUAUUAAUGGGAGGAGUUAUAGUGCUAUAUAAGGAAUGUACACUAUGUGUUGGUCUCUCAGAAUGUUGGAACAGGAGUUCAUCUGAGACCCGAUCGGUAAUGUGAAUAAAGGCCUGUUACUUCCUGAAGAUCUGUGUCCAAAUCUCUGUGUUUGGCUUCUGCAUGCUUACACUGCAACAUCUCCAGUACCAUACACUAAAAAUGGCAAAGGCCCAAUAGUUCAGUGAAAAUUUGAACAGUAACAUAUCAAACCCAAUAAACUAUUGGAAAAUCCUAAAUAGCAAACAAACCCUCACAAUCCACUCCCAACCCUCCACUGUCAAAAUGGACAACCAAACACUUUAGCACCCCAUAGAUGUAGCAAAUGCCUUUACUAAUUACUUUGUUGGAUGUGCUACCGCCCUGGUUGCUUCGAUAAUGAAUGACACUCAUUUUCAGACCACAAAUAAAGAGCAGGCCCUGCCAAAUCUUCAAAAUCCUCUUAUAGAGAAAUUCAUUUUUAGACCUGUGUCUGUUAGUGUCGUUAAUAAACAUCUUAAUAAUUUAAAAAUGAAAAACCAGUGCGGACAAGAUCAAAUCCCAGCAAUGUUGCUGAAGCUCAGUGCGCCAGCAAUUGCUAAACCUGUCACUACCCUCAAUGAAUCCCUGGUGUCAGGAUGCAUCCCCAAACUUUGGAAGACUGCAAAAGUAGUACCUAUCCAUAAAAGUGGUAUCUAAGUAUCGCCCGAUAUCAUUGCUUCCGUUAUUGGCAAAAAUCUUGGAAAAAUGCGUCCACAGGUAACUAUGUGAAUAUUAGCAAUGAUCAAAUAAUCUGACCCCUGAUCAAUCAGGCUUUCGUCCAAAUCACUCAACUUCGACUGCCCUCUUAAAAGUUUGCAAUGACAUCCAAAUUGGCAUGGAACAAGGAGACGUAACUGGAGCUAUUUUCCUUGAUUUUGCCAAGGCCGUUGACACAGUAGACCAUGGCAUUCUUUUGCAAAAACAUAACAACUUAGACAUUGGUGAUCGUUUGCUAGCCUGGUUUCGAUCAUAUGUUUCAGACCGAUUGCAAUAUGUGGCCAUUUCUGAUAGCACCUCCCUCCCUCUUCCAGUCACGUAUGGUGUUCCCCAAGGCUUCAUACUCAGCCCCCUGCUAUGCACAUUAUUUAUAAAUGAUCUGCUUAACGUCUGCAAAUCCUCAACUGUACACAUGUAUGCAGACGACACAGUAAUCUAUGCUAGUAAACCCAAUCUACUGCAGCUUGAGUCUGUGCUCCAAAACCAAUUCACAGAGGUAGAAAGGUAGAUAGCUGUUAACAAAAUCUUCCAAAACACUGACAAUGACCUUUGGAACUGUACCUAAAUUACCUAAACUACAAAAUUAACAACUGUGUAUCAGAACAAAUUCAAAUAGCACACUGACAGCAGUCUGUACUUUCAAAUAUCUAGGUAUGUUGCUAGACCCCAAUCUAUCCUUUGGCCUUCACAUUGAAAUAAAUCUCUUCAAAACUUUACCCAAAACUAGGGUAAGGAAACAGAUAAAUGCUAAUGCCGGUCAUUGAUUAUGGGGAUGUCGUGUAUGCACCUGCAUCGUGUAUGCACCUGCAUCGCAAACACACCUUAAUAUGUUAUAUAUAAUUCGUUCUGCCACUUUGUACUAGAAUGUAAUUACUUUACCCACCAUUGUGACAUGUUAAAAGAGCUUAACUGGCUAUCGCUAGAAUCCCAACACACUCUUCAUCUUUCCAGCCUUGUGCAUAAGAGCUUUUCUGGGAAGCUCCCACCCUACCUGAGUAGAAUGCACUCCCCAGCUGUUCCCACCUCCUAUAACCUCUCAUCCAGUACUAGCACGAUAUUUAGCAUACCGCAAUACAAAAAUAACGUGGCUCGAUCCUCCUUUUCCUACAGAGCACCGCAAUUAUGGAAUAACCUCAGGGACACAGUCAAAUCUUCAUUCAAUCUAAAAUCUUUUGAGAUCUAAGAGAUCUAUGACAACAUACCUCAGCACCAGUGGCGUACAUACCAGGGUUGCAGGGGUCGCGGCUGCGACCGGGCCCGGCCCACCAGGGGGCCCGGCCGCCCCUGCGACCCGGUAUGUAGCCACAGGGACAGCCUCUUCUCCUGGGGGGCCCAGGAGCCGGCCACCCCAGGGCCCCCCGAGGCUGGCCCUGCUGACACCCGGAAGGCAGGUGGCCGGUCGGGCAGGCAGGCGGGCGCGCGAGGGAGCACUCAGUGCUUCCUCUUCAGCUCCCUCGCGCACCGCACUGAUACCGGAGCCGGAAGAUGACGUCAUCUUCCGGCGCCGGCAUCCCUAAGCGGCGCGCGAGGGAACUGAAGAGGAAGCACUGAGUGCUCCCUCGCGCACCCGCCCGCCCAGGAGCCCAGCAGCACCACCACUGGACCCCAGGGAAUCCCCCCAGCACUCCAAAAGGUAAGGAGGCUGGGGGGAUUAAAUUUAAAAAAAAAAAAAAAACAUGUGUGAGUGUUAGAGUGUUAGAGUGUGUGUGUUAGAGUGUGAGUGUUAGAGUGUGAGAGUGAGUGUUAGAGUGAGUGUCUGUUAGUGUGUGUGUGUCUGUUAGUGUGUGUGAGUGUUAGUGUGAGUGUUAGAGUGUGUGAGUGUUAGAGUGUGUGAGUGAGUGUGUUACUGUGUGUGUCUUACUGAGUGUGUGUGUGUUAGUGAGUCUGUUUGAUGUCUGCUAGUGAGUUUUUGUUUGUCAAUGAAAGUGUAUGUUUUGUAAGUGAGUGUGUAUGUAUGUCUGUCGCUGAGUGUGUCUCUGUCAGUAAAUGUGUGUGUCUGUUAGCUAGCGUGUAUGCGUCUGUAAGUGAGAGUCCUUUCUCCAGCGCCGGACUCCCUUGGCGCUGGGGAUCCCUCAGCCUCUCAGCUCCGAAUGCGACCGCGCACGCAUUCAAACCGCCCAUAGGAAAGCAUUACUCAAUGCUUUCCUAUGGACAUUCAGUGUGCUCCUCUAGCUUCUGUCAGUGAGACAGCCACUAGAGGCUGGAUUAACCCUCAGUGAAACAUAGCAGUUUCUCUGAAACUGCUAUGUUUUCAGCUGCAGGGUUAAAACUAGAGGGACCGGACACCCAGACAACUUCAUUGAGCUGAUGUGAUCUGGGUGUCUGUAGUGGUCCUUUAAGUGUGUGUGCAUCUGCAUGCACUGGCGCACCAUGUGUUGCGGCCGACCCGCGCGCGGGGGGGGGGGGCAGGAAUCAAUUUUCGCACCGGGGCCCCAUGGGUCAUGUGUACGCCACUGCUCAGCACAGAAUGCACCUGUCAUGGCUGAAUAUAUUUAUCACCUGUUAUGUGUUAAAUUUAUAUAUGUGCGUGUGUGUAUGUAUAUUAUUAUUUUCCUGGCUAAUCAUGGCAGCAUUUAACAUAUGGGUUUAGCUCCUCCCUCUAACCCUCCGUCUAACCUCAGGACAAGAAACACAAACAAUUAAACAAUUAAACACACCUUCCCCUGGUAUAAUAGGAACCCCAUCGGCCAUCACACCUCAGACUUUUUUUCCUGUCCUCAUAGCCCUAGGACAGUUGUUAAUUUUUUCUCUCCCUGAAAAUUUUUAGGGUUAAAACUUUUUUUUUAUGCUCACCUGAUCAUGCUGCUAUGAUCUUCACCCUAUGGAGGUCAGCCUCUCUCCACAGGAAGCCCAGGCACAUGUAGCCCUUUCUCUGCACGAGAGGGAAACCCCUGGGAGCCAUGUAUGUAUGAUAAAAAAUCCAGACCUCGAUCAGAUGAUCAUCCGUCCGGUAAGACGCCCGCGCAUGCACAAUGGCCACGGCCGGAUUUUCGGCAUAUUUGCCCUCAUCCAAGAACGCGGAGCCGCGGACUUGCGGCCAAUCGGCGCAUGCGCGCCUCCUUAAAGGCACAGAGCAGGAAAUUAUCUAGCGUUUUCAGUUCCUUUUGGUCUUACACUGCUCUCUAAGUGCCCCAUUCAUUCUCUGCAGGUAUGUUUUGUGCUUUAAUUUACAUAAUAACACUGCUCAGCAUUUAUCAAUGGAAUUCAAUUUGGAUAACCUUUUGUUAUAUAGCCCUUCUAAGAGGAUGGAUCCAGAAUCUCCUUCUGCAAAAUCAGCAAGAUCUGCAAUAGGUCAUAGGUGAGCAUUAGAAUUUUUUACCAUUUCUUAUGAUUAAAAAGAGUGCAUGGAGGGUACAGUCAUAUGACUUCUGUGUUUUACAGCCCUCAAGACCGGUCUGGCCCUAGAUCUCCAUCUAAGAGGGAUAAACCGGUGGCCUGCCCUGGAUGUGAUGCAAGGCCUUUGGAUAACUGCAGGCUAUGCCGCAAGUGCUUAUCCAUGGUCGCAGGAGAGUCGGAACUUCACAGGUCACCUCAAGCCUCUAUAUCCUUGGCUCAGGAUAUAGCAUUUGGAUAAAACAAGCUGUGACGGAAGGGAUUUCAGAAUCCAAUAGAGGUAAAAGACCCAGAUGUGAGAGCUUUGGCCGAGAAUCCGACUUCUCAGAAGAAGACUUCAGACACACGGCUGGUUCCUUAGAAUUAGAGCCUAUCUCUUCUAGUGAGGAAGAGCUCAUGGAGCAACCAUGCUCGUUAGAUGCUAAUUCCAUGGAACAUCUGAUCAUGGCAGUCAGAAAAACUUUGGAUUUGCCAGAAGAAGUCAGAGAAUUUUGACCUCUGAUAGACAUUUCGGAGACCUCCACAAUAGGAGACCUUCCUUUCCAGUACACAGAUCCAUUAAGGAGCUGAUACGCUCAGAAUGGAAUACUCCUGGGAAAAGGAUUACAAGUCAGGGCAGAUUGUCAAAAUUUUACCCUAUUAAGGAGGAGGAUUCACGAACGUGGACUGCGGUCCCAAAGAUUGAUGCUCCAAUUAUUAAAGUGGCAAAAAGAUCAACUCUGCCUAUUGAUAGUAAUACUUCUCUCAAAGAACCAAUGGAUAAAAGAAUAGAUGUAGACCUUUCUGAGGUCUUCAUGACAGCAGGCUUGGGAUGUCAUCCUGCAGUCUCUAUCUCUGCUUUGUCCAGAGCAUUACGUUCAUGGAUCCUCGAUUUGGAGGAGGAUAUAGAGAGAGGAGUGAGUAGACGCCACAUGAUGGACUCUGUAAGUGAGAUUAAACUAGCCAGUGACUGGCUGUUGGAAUCCUCCACAGACCUCAUCAGGAUUUUUUCAAAGGUUAUGGCACACUCCGUUACUGCUAGAAGGGCUCUGUGGUUGAGAUCCUGGGGAGCUGAUCUCUCUUCUAAGAAUAAUUUAUGCACCCUACCAUUCUUGGGCGAGGUGCUUUUUGGCAGACCGCUUGAAGAAGCCAUUAAAAAGGCAGCUGAGGUCAAGCAAAUCAUGCUUCCACAAGACAGGUGUCCGAAAAUACCACAACAGGACCAUCGUCCUUACAGGCCUCAAGGGGUAUACAGGAAUAGUAAAACCUAUCGACCAGGCAGAGAAUACUCUCGGCUCUCCAAUUGGAAGAGUGGCCAAAUCUCAAAGUCUUCCAGACCUAAGGCUCAAAAUUCUUCCUUUAACCCUAUCAGACAGUUUUGAAGGUGGCUUAGGCCUGGUCCCUCAUGUCGGAGCACGUCUCAUGUUCUUCCAGAGGACUUGGAGUAUGAUUCCAGAUGCCUGGGUAAAGUCCAUUAUCAUAACAGGUUAUUCUCUGGAGUUCAAAGAAUUUUCCCCUCCACCAAGAUUAGUCAGAACAAGACUCCCUGUCGACAGACAAAAGAGAGACGUCUUGACUCAUUAUGUAACAAAUCUAUUACAAGAAAAGGUCAUUGCUCUGGUACCAGUGAUGGAAAGUUUCCAAGGGUUCUAUUCUCCCCUGUUCUUGGUAAAGAAACCGGGAGGAAAGUGUAGACCUAUUCUAGACCUACUCCAGCUAAAUUUCUUCUUAAGGGUAAGAAGGUUUCGCAUGGAAUCCAUCCGUUCCAUCAUUCCCGUGGUACACCACAGAAACUGGUUAAUCUCAAUAGAUCUGAGAGACGCCUACUUCCAUGUUCCUGUCACAGCCAGGCAUCAGAAGUUUCUUCGAUUCUGUGUAAAAAAGUGCAGCCCCGAGGACUUUCUCGAAAGUGCUGGUCACAGUUAUUGCUUUUCUCAGAAGGAGGGAUGUUGCCAUCUACCACUACCUCAGAACCUGCCUUCAAAAAUAAGGGAGUUGAGAACGACAUCUCUGGCUUCUCCACUUUCAGCACCAGAUAAAGGGAGCCUGGGUAAAAUUAAGAGUAGACAAUAAGGCGGCUGAUGCCUAUCUCAACCAUCAAGGAGGCACCAGGAGUAUCUCACUGAUGAAAGAAGUGACAGCAAUCAUGAACUGGGCACAAAUACAUGUGGAAGGCCUGCGUGCGGUCUUUCUCCCAGGGAAGGAGAAUGUGUUAGCAGACUUCCUCAGCAGACACCAGGUGGAAGCCACGGAAUGGCAUCUUUCAAGGCCUGUGUUUCAACAAUUGGUCCAGAGGUGGGGUCUUCCCCAUGGCGAUCAGAAUCUCUCCCUCCAUUCCAUUCGAAAGCACUGGAUCAAGAUGCUCUUUCAAUGAAAUGGCCCUUUCAUCUGGCGUAUGUUUUUCCCCACAUUCCUCUCAUUCAUGCAGUGCUGAGGAAGAUUUCCAGAGAACAUUGCAGAGUGAUUACUGUAAUCCCCUUCUGGCCGAGACGUCCUUGGUUUCCUCUUCUGAAGAGGUUGGCGAUAGUGGAACCUUGGGAAAUUCUGGUCACAGAAGAUCUACUGACACAAGGCCCAGUGGUUCAUCCAGAACCUUACAAGCUCAGGCUUCAUGCAUGGCUUCUGAAAGGCAAUCCUUAAAGGAACAGGGUUUAUCGGACCAGGUGGUCUCUACCCUUUUAUGUUCCAGAAAGAUCUCCACUUCUUCUACCUACCACAAAAUUUAGGAAGCCUUUGAGAUAUGGUCAAAUUCAACCGUGCAGAACAUGAGUCCUCCUACGAUCUCUCAAGUCUUGGGUUUCCUACAAGCUGGCCUGGAGAAGGGUCUUAGUCUUAACACCCUUAAAGUUUCAGCUCAGCUAUCUCUGCUCUUUCUGGGAUUCGAUGGGCGCUUCAUCCUAUGGUGGUUCGCUUUUUCAAGGCCAUUUUACGGAUUAGACCUCCUAUUAGACAACUGGCUGCACCUUGGAAUUUGCCUCUGGUGCUUCAGGCUCUCACAGAUCCUCCCUUCGAACCUAUUGGCAAAAUUCAGAUGCACAUCCUUUCUCUGAAGACCCUAUUAUUGCUUGCUCUAGUCUCAGCUAGAAGAAUGUCUGACAUCAGAGCUUUAUCAGCCGAUGAACCUUACACUUCCUUCUUCGAUGAUAGGGUCAUUCUCCAUCCGAGACCUGAAUUUCUUCCCACGGUGGUUACACCUUUCCAUCUCCAACAGGAGAUUGUCGUGCCUGCCUAUUUUCAGCAUCCUUCUACUCCUGAGGAGUCAAGGUGUGACAUGCUGGAUCUUUGGAGAUGUUUGCUGAUGUAUAUUGAACGCUCAGCUACUUGGAGGAAAUCCUCUCAAUUAUUUAUUAUACCUUGGGGUUCUCGUAAAGGGGAAGCCACUUCUGUCUCCACUCUUCGUUCCUGGACAGUAUCUGCGAUUUCCAAGGCUUAUAAAGCUAGGGAUGUUCCUGUUCCCAAAGGCAUCAGAGCUCAUUCCACAAGAUCCAUUGCUACCUCCAGCGUCAGGUGUUCAUAUGUAAGGCUGCAGAUUGGUCAUCCCUAAAGACCUUUGUGAAACACUACAAAGUGGAUGUGGCUUCUCGCCCAGAUUCGGAGUUUGGCCUGUCUGUCCUGAACUCCUUUAAUCCUCAGAGCUGAUUUAUUUAUUAAACUAUUUUGUAGCAUUUAUUUCCCUCCCUGUGUCAUUAUUGCUUGGGGAAUCCCAUAUGUUAAAUGCUGCAAUGAUUAGCCAGGAAUACGGAAAAUGUAUUCAUACUUACCGUAAUUUUCUUUUCCUGGCUAUUAUUCAUGGCAGCAUUUGGUUUUCUCACCCUCUUUUGGAUAUUCGUCUUGUUACUUGACUGAGGUGUGAUGGCUGAUGGGGUUCCUAUUAUACCAGGGGAAGGUAUGCUUAAUUGUUUAAUUGUUUGUGUUUCCUGUCCUGAGGGUUAGAGGGAGGAGCUAAACCCAUAUGUUAAAUGCUGCCAUGAAUAAUAGCCAGGAAAAGAAAAUUACGGUAAGUAUGAAUACAUUUUCCGUAAUCAUUGCCAUUUAAAAAAGCACCAACAGAUUCUGUAGCGCUUUACAAUAUUAUGAAAGGGGGGGUUUAACUAUAAAUAGGAAAAUUACAAGAAAACUUACAGGAACGAUAGGUUGAAGAGGACCCUGCCAAAACGAGCUUUCAGUCUAUAGGAGGUGGGGUAUAAAACACAUUAGGACAGGAAAUAGCAAUCAAAUAAGGUGGGAGUGAAGCAGAGCUGGAUGAGAGAGUAGAGUGCUGCCCUUUAGGAGAGAGCAAGAGAAAGGUAUGUAAGGUCACAGGCAGAGCGGAGAGUCAAGGAAGGGGCAUACCUAUGGAUCUGUGAAGAGAUAUGAGGGGCUAGAAUUGUUCAGUGUUUUAUAGGUAUGGGUUAUCACUUUGAAUUGACUCCUAUAGGAUACAGGAAGCCAAUGUAAGAACUGACAGGGGUGAGGUAUGAGAGGACAUCUUGCGUAAGAAAGGGUCGGAUGCAAGCUAUUUUGUUAAGAUGUAAUCUACAAUAUUUGGCAACAUGCUGGAUGUGAGGCUCAAAGGUGAGGCCAGAAUCAAGUAUGAUGCCAAGACAGCGCUCUUGCAAGGAUGGAAUUAUGUGGAUACCCCUAACUUGAAGGGAGAGCGAAAGAGGAGGAUCAGUAUUAGGAGGAGGAAAGACAAGGAGCUCAGUUUUAGAGAGGCUGAGUUUCAGAAAGCAGGAGGACAUCCAGUCAGAGAUAGAAGAAAGGAAAGCAGUGACACGUUGCAGGACAGCAGAGGAGAGGUCCGUGGAGGAGAGAUAUAUCUGGGUGUCAUCAGCAUACAGGUGGUAGUGCAAUCCAAAUGAGAUAAUAAGUUUGCCAAGAGAGGCAGUAUAAAGAGAAUAUAGAAGGGGACAAAGUACAGAGCCUUGGGGGACUCCAACCGAGACAGGAUGAGGGGAGGAGGUAUCAAUAGAAAAGGAGAAACUGAAUGAGCAUAUAUAUAUAUAUAUAAAUAUAUAUAUAUAUAUAUAUAUUGUUUGUAUAUUGUAUUUUUUGUAAUAUUGUAUCCAAGGGAUAGGCAACCUUCGACACUCCAGAUGUUGUGGACUACAUCCCUCAUAAUGCUCUUACACCCAUAAUGCUGGCAAAGCAUCAUGGGAGGUGUGGUCCAAAACAUCUGGAGUGCCGAAGGUUGACUUUGCCUGUUGUAUCCUAUUGUAACAAUGCAAUGUUUUGUGGACCCAGGACAUACUUGAAAACAAGAGAAAUCUCAAUGUAUCCUUCCUGUUAAAUAUUUUAUAAAUAAAUAAAUAAUUUGUAACUGUAUAAUAUUGAAGAGUGUGAUGGAACUUGAUGGUGGUUUCUAAACAAAUAAUCACAAUUAUACGUGUAUAUACAUAUUCUCUCUUCUCUUCCCAGGUACCUUGCAGGAUGCCGUGGAGGUAGAAUGUUAUGACCCCUAUAUUGGCACAUGGGCAUCCGUGAGUCCUGCCCGCAAGUAUGUCAGUAACUUUUCUGCGGUGGGGUGCAGUGGCAAACUGUAUUUGAUUGGUUCCUGUGCAAUGAAGUAUAAUGCGCUCACCCUUCAAUGCUACAAUCCUGCCAUAGGUAUGAGUGGACCACUAUUGUAAACCUAGAAAAAAGGGCACUGGGAGGGAACACCAGAAUGUAUUUCUAAGCUGUGAUGCUGCUGUAAAGACCAAAAUACAAAAUAGAGCUUAAGGAACAGCGCACACACACGCAAAAAUACAAUUUUAAAUCUUACAAAGUUACUUAAAAUGACCUAUUUUAGCAAUAAAAUAUAGGAAUUCAGUUACACCAAAUGGCCAUAUUGUGUUAAGCCUACCGCUGUCACAGCACCCCAAUAUCGGUAUUCUACACUCAUUUUAACAUGGGAGAUGCAAUACUUACUGCUUAAACUGCUUCCAAAGUAUCUUCUCAUAUUUGUGAUUUUCUGUAGUCAUUUUCAAAGAUGCACUUUUAAUGAAGGGGUGGGUUGCUCAACUCAAAAUGAAUCUGGUCUGGUUUCCAAAUACAUACAGAAAAAAUAGAAUUAGGGACACACCGGAGCAUGGAUUUCUCAGUAUCGGUGCUCCUGUAAGGACCAAAAUAUAAACAUGCUAACUGCAAUAUUUACUUACUCACCUACCUUACUUACAAACCUUACCAUAAACGUAGGUUUCUCCAUCAUUAACGUUUCUGACAUGAAUCAUUUGUCAGAUCACUCAGGUUAAAACAAACAUUUUCUAUGUGGAGUGCCUGUAUUUGCUUUGUGUAAUCAAUUGGGUAUUUACAAAAUGGCAAACUCAGUUAUUUCAGUGUAGUAAACUAUUAAAGUCAGCUGAAUAAAUCUCCCUUUUUGGCUCUUCACAAAGAGCUGAACUGUAAGUGAAAUACCAAAAAAAUAACUUUAUUUGUUUUAUACCAUUAUCAUUAUUGUGCACUAAAAAAGCAACAAACAUUAUCUAGUUAUGUUACAUUUUCCAGACAAUUAAAAUAUUGCAAUUCUAAGUGUUAAAUCCUAAUCUAGUAGAUCACGUAAUCUUUAUAUUCCUCUUCCUCUUACAGUUUAUCACAUACAUCUGUCUGUAAGGUCAACUAAAUGGAGGUCUGCGUUUCUUUUAAACAUCUCUAAUGGUAUAUAGAUCCCCAUAACAGAUAGCGUUAUUUACAAACCCUCCAAAAUAAAUACUUUCUUAGUGCCCAUAAUUUCUACUAUUACUACAGUACUAUUUUGCACAUACAUGUGUCAUUUAUACAAAAUCUUGGGUGGAAAAUUAGAUUAGACUAGAGCCGUGGUCUCCAGUAGACAUGUGCAAUUUGUUUCGGUCCGAAUUUCAAUUCGGACGAAUUUCGGCAAUUCUGAAAUCCGAAGUGCCAAACCGAACCAAACAUUUUGACCAUGCACAUCCCUAGUCUCCAGUCCAGUCACCAAGGCACUUUAGUAUUACAGAACUUUUAUCCAAUGAGGAUACUGGCAAACUUGAACCAUUGGUAUGCCUUUAUAGAAUAACCCUGUCUGUUUGGAACCACUGCUCUAGAGUCACCAAUAGAAUGCAAUACUCUACCUACUAAUAAUCUUACCAGUUUAAUAUUAAUAAUUUUCAUUAACCCCGCAGCUCAUGUUCCAGCCAUUAUCAUUGAAUUUAUCACAGAAUGUGUCCAUGAGUUAAGUAGAGCCAUUCUAGAUUACUCUAAGUUUAUUGUCUAAAAUAAAUUAUAUUGAGCAUUGAAAGUCCAUCUAAUGCCUUUAACUUGUAUUGUGAAAACACAUUUUUUGCAGUUAUCUCUUGAGAAUGUCAUGUUGUGUUGUGUCUAAUAUCCUGUCCUGUUGUGUCUUUUAGAUGGUUGGAGUGUUAUCGCCUCACCAUUUAUUCCAAAGUACUUGUCAUCUCCUCGCUGUUGCGUUCUGGGUGGUGCAGUGUAUCUUGUAGCUGAUAACACCAAGAAGGUCUAUAUGUAUCUACCAGAAGCCAACAUGUGGAAGAAGGUUAGUAAAGUCAGGGUGGGAUGUGUUAAGGCAAAUACUUUUUAAAUAGAGCAUGAAUGGUUAUUUUAAAAAUAAUCCUCUGUCUCUCACACUUCCCACAAGCUAUCUAGAAAGGUCAAAAGGAAGAAUUCUCAUCUAUUAAUACUAGUGGAAUUAGAUGGAGAAUUUGCACCUUCUUGCCAGGGCUAAACUGAGGCAUUGCUAGGUACACCCGAACCCAAUCUCUUAAUUCGUGCCAGCUUUCCGUUUUGUCCCUCUUGGUCCCACCUCCUUGCUCUUCUGUCGCUGCUCUCUCGUACCUUAAAGUUCUAGGCGAUGAAGGACAUGUAUAUGUAUCCAGCUACCAUAAGUUGGUACUUUAUGUGUUGUGCGCCAUGAAGGAUAAGUGAGAACAGAGGUGAGAAAUAUCUUCCACGGCUGAUAUGAUACCUGCAACAUGAUACUUUAUACUGAUGUUCCACCACGCCACUUCCGAGUGAUUGAACAUCAGUAAUGAACUUAAAACACAGCUCCCUCCCCAGUCGGCCACACAACUGCUACUCAGGGCUAGUAAUGGAACAGGGCCACAAUCAUGUGAUUUGCCAGUACUAUAUAGUUUCACAAACAUUUAUACCAAGAAAUUCACAAUAAAUUAUUUGAGAAUAUUUAAUGGGUUAUAUGAAAGUUUGUCUGUACAUUAUGGCAGUGUAUGAUCUGAAACUAUCUUUAGAAUUUUUGAAUUAUUAGGUUUCUUUUGUUACAUUUCGCUUCCUAGUCACAGGAGCUUAUCUCUCCAAACUGUGGAUUAUAUAGAACUAAAACCAAACGCAGAAUUGUACUUUUAAAGAUAUGGGGAUAUAAGAGUUAUAGGUUCCUUUUAUUCAAACAAACAUAAAACCGGUUAAUUAAUAUACUGAAUUUAAAUACAAUCAGAGAGAACAAUUGGCUGUAUGAAAAAUAAGUUGAUGAAAGCCAAGGCUCUUUGUGGAGGCCCAUGAAGGAAAACAUUAAGAGACCACUAGGUGGCGCUACAUUUUCAUAAAUUCAGUAGAACUGUUCUUGUAAAUGUAUGCAAUAUUAUUAAAAAUAAACUAUAAAAAAGUAGCUUAUCACACCCUCUAUGUGAGCCCUCUGCCCAAAUAAAUAAAAAAAAAGGCAAGAAAGAAAAAAAAGUAUAUAAAAUUCAAUAUAGGUAUAUUAACAAUUAAUCAUUAUAAACAUUCCACUGUGAAUUACAUGAAGGAAAAAUAACCUGUUAUAGCCAAAUGGAAUCCUCUAGAAGCAAAAAUAAUGUAAUUACAUAACCAUGGAUACACAAUCAAAGAGAAUCAGUGUCUAAGAUCUAGGUUCUAAUCCCAAUCAGUCCACCUUACCAGUUAAUUUUCUUCGGCAACAAUUUAUUUGCCUGCCAUAAAUUGCAAGCUCAUUUGAGCAGAGCCUUUCUCUAAUUAUAAAGAGCUGCGGAAUAUACUGAUGUUAUGUAAAUAUUAAUAAUAAAUAAAUAUGGCUACACUAUUGCUGGAGAUAGAAUUUGGCCACGUUAAAGUGUAUAAAUAAUUAAAUAUAUAGAUUUAACUGCUUGGGAAAUAAUGUUGUAACUUAGAAUGGAUCCAGACUCCUGUUCCUAAGAUUCAAUGGUCAGGUACAUCUAUUUAGGCAUUGUAAUAUAUAUAAAUCUCACAUUGGUCAGAUCUCCAAAUUAUGAUUAAUUUUGGAUAUGAAAUACACUAAACAAUUUAACACAAUGUAACCAGAAUAGUUACAUUUGUAUUACGCUAUAACGUAGCUCACUUUUAUUCGUUUUGUAGAAGACUUGCACUUCUGCCAGUAAAACACAAUUUCUACAGACGUAAUUACAGUUAAGAGGAAAUGUGAGAUGAUCGAUAGAACUAAGUGAUGAUAACUUUGAUCAGUUUAAUGAUUCAUAUGGAUCAUGUAGUGGUUUUCUGCCAAUUGUUGCAUGCAUAAGUAACAUAAUUCAGAGAAACAGGUACCUUUGACCAUAACCUUUACAAGAAGCAUUGUCAUAUUGGUAUUUAGAGUGUCUAUUUAACUAGGGAGAAGAAAGAUGGAGACACAGUUAUAACUGCCCAGUGUUCUUGAUAUUCCGUAAUCGAUUAAGGAAUCUUUAUUGGCUAGUUUGAAUUAAUUGCAGAUAUGAACUAUGGGCAGCACUUUGCAUUACCAAUUGUCAUGAUUAAAGUUUUCAUGAAACACAGGUGUCAGGUUCCCAAAUAUUAUUAAUAUCACUAGGAGCAGGUUUGUACAAUAUGGCUGUUCACUCUAUGAUCAAUGUAAAUUUAACGAGGACCAGGAGUGCAUAGUUCCACCUCCAGAUUAAGAAAACAGAAACAUUAUUUAAAUCAAUAUUUGUAUUCUCAUGUCUUUAUUUAGGUGCAGUUGCUGCACACCCUUCAUGAGAAUGGCGGCAUGACUCCGAUUGGAUCACAGUUGUAUGUGACAGGUGGACAUUGGCAUGGCAUGGCGCGUGAAUACAGCGUGGUAAUGGAAUCCUAUGACUGCACCAAUGAUGUCUGGAGUAGGGAAGGAGCCCUUCCUAGCCGUUGGAUGUACCACUGCUCCACGUCAAUCUUCAUGGACAUUUCCAAGUGGACAGACAGAUUUCAGGAGCAUCCAGAGAGAGAGGCUUAA